AUGCGCCUAGAGGCAGACAAACCGAGUUUAAUCACUCAGCCCUGUACAGAGGUAUCCGAGUCCCACACCGAGUCCUGUCCUCGAGCCCGGCGCGGGGCCCCAGGACCCGGCCUCGGCCUAGGGAGGAGCGGGACGCCGCGGGAGCUGCAGGCUGAGCUGAGAAACUGGAAGCGCUCAGAGAAGCUCGCUCCGCGCCGCAAACUACCGGGCCCCACCCGAUCAACCCGUUCCGUCUACUGCUCGCGACCGCUCCAGGCUCAAGGCUGGGCACACGGGGGCGGCGGGGGCGGCGGGGUAGCUGCCCGAGCGCAGCCAAGCGAGGCCGCGGCUCCCGGGGAAGUGGACCGCCCGAAUAGUUACCUGCGGAUUGUGGGGCUUUGCCUGGCCUGUGGCUUCUGCUCUCUGCUGUACGCCUUCAGUCAGCUCGCCGUGUCCCUGGAGGAAGGAGCGGGCGGCGGGAGGCCGCAGGCCGCGGCGGCUUCCUGGCUGGCGGGCGGCGGGAGAGGCGCUGGCAACGCGGGCCGGCCGGGCAGGUGUAAAGAUUUCUCUCUCUGUUACUGGAAUCCCUAUUGGAUGCUGCCCUCUGAUGUUUGUGGAAUGAACUGCUUUUGGGAAGCGGCUCUUAGAUACAGUCUGAAAGCACAGCCUGUAGAGAAAAUGCACCUUGCUGUUGUUGCCUGUGGUGAAAGACUAGAAGAGACUGUGACCAUGCUGAAGUCCGCCCUCAUCUUCAGCAUCAAACCACUGCAGUUCCAUAUUUUUGCUGAAGACCAACUACAUGAUAGCUUUAAAGACAGACUUGACAGCUGGUCAUUUCUGCAAAGAUUUCACUAUACGUUGUACCCCAUCACCUUCCCGAGUGACAGCGCUGUGGAGUGGAGGAAGCUGUUUAAGCCGUGUGCUUCCCAAAGGCUGUUCUUACCAUUAAUCCUGAAAGAAGUGGACUCGCUGUUGUAUGUCGACACUGAUAUCCUUUUUUUACGACCUGUUGAUGAUAUUUGGUCUUUACUAAAAAAAUUCAAUUCCACACAAAUUGCUGCGAUGGCACCCGAGCAUGAGGAGCCUCGAAUAGGCUGGUACAAUCGCUUUGCUCGACAUCCAUACUACGGGAAAACGGGAGUCAACUCUGGAGUCAUGCUGAUGAAUAUGACACGAAUGAGAGGGGCACAUUUCAAGAAUGACAUGACUACUGCACAGCUGCAGUGGGGGGACUUACUUAUGCCACUGCUUAAAAAGUAUAAGCUGAACAUCACCUGGGGCGAUCAGGAUCUGCUAAACAUCAUGUUUUUUCAUAAUCCAGAAAAGCUUUUUGUUUUUCCAUGUCAAUGGAAUUACCGGCCAGAUCACUGUAUAUAUGGAAGCAACUGCCAGGGAGCAGAGGAAGAAGGAGUCUUUGUGCUUCAUGGAAACAGAGGCGUUUACCAUGACGACAAGCAGCCAGCAUUUAGAGCUGUUUAUGAAGCACUGAGAAAUUGUUCUUUUGAAGAUGACAAUGUCCAUUCCUUACUGAAACCUUUAGAACUGGAACUACAGAGGACGGUUCAUACAUACUGUGGAAAAAUUUACAAAAUAUUUAUCAAGCAAUUGACGAAAAGCAUAAAACGUUACGGCACAGCACCAAAGGGCAGGUGACUCUUCGUACUGCUGAAUUAAAUGGGUGAAACAAUACAGCAUCAGAGGUUUGUGAAGAGUAUGGGAGGAGGUAUCUAGGAAGGCAUUUUUAUCUCCAGAGUAGUUUUUUUCUGAAGAAGUUAAAAGAGAAGUCUCCUCACAUAAUGAAGAAUAACUUAAAAUCUUGGGCUCCAGUAAGAAGACCGUUUUGAUCUCUGAUACUUUGUGACAUUACUUGGUGUCAUUCCAGUAUUGAUGGAAACUUUGAAUGGUUAUAACUUGUGGCUCUUAUUCUCAAGUGAGUAAGAAUGGUGGGGGUGAUGGCUGGAGAGAGUGUACCUCAAACCCAGUGGAGACAUUCAAGCUGUGAGCAUAGCAAUAAUUUUAUGUCAGCACUAACCUCACUUUAAACGUGAGAAAAAAGUUUACAGGAGCAGACAAGUUCUGUUUCUUAAGAAAUGUGAGAUAACCAAUGUAACCAUUGACAAUCUGUAUGCCCGUUACAUUUCAUCUCUGUUCUACAAUAUUUUGUGACAAUCGUGUUUAAAAUUGUUUGUAGAUUUUAAGUUAACUGCACAUUAAAAAAUUAGCUGUAGGAGAAAGGGGAAAUGAUGAAAACUUUGAGAAGCGGGUUGAGUACGUAUGUGGGGUGUGUGUGUGUGUGUGAGUAGAAAGAAAUGUAGUGUUUUCAUUUUGUAUGUAUUAAACUUUUGCCAAACCUAAGCUCUUAAGAUAUUUGAGGACAUUUAAAAAUAUCACUUUUAAGUGAGAAAUGUCAGCUUUACUGGGCAUUCUGGAAACAAAAUAUAUGAUGCUGAUAGUACAAUGAGACUCUUAGUGGGAAUUACUACAAUGGUGGGAAACACAGUGGACCAAAAUGCACAAGCUAGUGCUUCUUGUGAUCUUAGUUCUAGUGGAAUCAAUAACAAGUGGUCCAUUUAGACUUCCUUCUACCUCAGAAUACCUUCCAGGAUCCUUUUUAAGAAGCAAAUGCACAGAGCCUUACUUUAAAUGAGCUGUCAUGGCUGAUUUGGAUUAGAGGAUUUUUAUAUCUAAUUAUAGAAAAAGCAGUUUGGUCACAAUAAGCAUAUUCCUUUUUUGAAUAUCACUGAAGACAGUUGCUUUUUUAAAAUCUCGAAGAUGAGAAAAAUUACUCCUUGCUAUCUUGACUUGCUAUUUACUGUAACUAAAGAUUUUGAGUAGUUAGUAUAUACUGUGCUGAGGCAUGUAUCUCAUCUUACCCAGUGCCACAUGAUUAUCUUCUUUUUCUCUUUAAUAUUUUAAUGCUUAGGUGGAAAAGGGAAAAAUGAAGGAACAAUUAUCAUUGAUGAAGUUCAUGGCCUUUGGCUUUGCAAAGGUUCAGUGCCCAUAUUGGGAAAGAAGUGAUUAGUACAGUUAUCUCAAUUUCUGCAGUUCAGCCAGGGACAGACUUAGAGAAGGUUUAAAAUGCAAUCAAAAGCUGAUGCCCCUUAGCUGGGCAUGGUGGUGCACACCUUUAACCCCAGCACUUGGGAGGCAGAGGCAGGUGGAUCUCUGUGAGUUUGAGACCAGCCUGGUCCAUAUAGCAAGUUCCAGGCCAGCUGGGGCUACAGGGAGCCCCUGUCUCAAAAAGACACACACACACACAACCCCCCCAAACUGAUGCCCCAUUAGUGACCAGCCUAGUACUCUUCAGACAGAGAGAGAAACAGCUAUGACUCCUUGGCAGAAUGCCAGGAUGAAGUAAGACUGUGAAAUGUGUUAGAGUAUAGCUUGUUCGGCAGGAAACAGAGCUGCCAUUUUGAAAUUUGGCCAAUGUAGGGAACUCGUUAAAAGUAGAUAUCCUAGGUAUGUUGUGUCUGGGGAAGUGUCUUUAAUGAAGAGAUUGAAAGAUUUACACUGGAGUAAUUGGGGCUGUAGCUCAGUAAUAGAGUGCUUGCUUAGCAUGCUCAGGGUCUAGCACCUGAGCUAAACCAAAAGUCACAGACAGUAGAGCCUAGUAAAGUGAUACUCACUGUUCAUAUCUGUCACCUUAACCACCAUUAACGUCACUUAAUCCUUUUUUUCUUUUAAAGUCUCAGGCUUCACACCUGAUAGCCAGUCCUUAAGCAAGUUUUCUGCUUAUCUGAAAUCUGCCACAUGACAUGGUGAUUCGGUCCUUAACAAGUUCCUCCAAAGAUUUUGGCAUUGGCUAGUUUGGGAACCACUGGUAAUUAGUUUGCCAACUUGACAGUUGAAGUUAAGAUGUCACAAUUGGUAAAUUGUAGAUAUAAUUUUGAAAUUAGAGGAAGCCGUUGGGGUGAUUAGCAAGAUAAUUUAUAUUAGUAAGUUCCUUAGGAUUUGGUUUUUCUUAGUGGAGACUUGGCACUGUGGGCUCCAGUGUGAUUGAUUGGGUUGGUAUAGAAUAGAUUGUAGGUAGCUGUGGACUUGCUUGUUGUGUGCCUGGCUGCAUUGUUACAUGGUCUGCCUUGUAGAUCAGUGGGAAGUCCUUCAUUUGGUCUAUUUGCAUGCAGCCAUAAAUUGAAGACUUUUUUUAAAAUGUAAAAUCAUUGAUAUCACAGAAUAUAAUAGUUUUUAAUGCAGUUUCUGAGUUUUACCUUUAUGAUAAUUUUUUUCCAUGAGAAUUCUUAAAAAAUGUAGUUGUGGGCCUGGUGUGGUAGUGCACACCUUUAAUCUCCACACUCGGGAAGCAGAAGCAGACAGAACUCUGUGAGAUCAAAGACAACAUGGUCUACAUAGUUAGUUCUAGGCCAGUCAAGGCUACAUAGUGAGACUGUCAAAAAAAAAAAAAAAUGGAGUUUUGAUAGAGGUUACAGAUGAACAACAUAGGACAUUUUCCAGUAGUCUUUAGUAAAAUAUAGUAAAUCUAUGCAGCUUAUAUAAAUUACAUUAUAUAUUCUUUGAGCCUGUGUGCCAGAACAAUUUAGACCUCAGAACUGUACCUGGAUUACAGUAUUACCAAAGUGGAAAGACUUUAAAAUGUAUUCAGACUUUAUUUGUGUAAAAAGAAUUAGUGAAACCUCUGGCAAAAACAUUUUGUGAUGCAUAGUUUAAGAAAUCCUUUUUCCCUUAUGAGGAUAGGAAGUUUGUGGUUGCUGCUGUUUUGGACACUGAUUAUUCAUGGCUCAUUUGCCUUCAGUCAUAUGUUAGUGGACUGUUCUAGUGUGCUCUCUGUUGCUGUGAUAAAUAGUGUAACUAAGAACAACUUGGCGAGGAAAGGGUAUGUUUCAGCUUACAGGUUACAGUUCCAUCAUUGAGGGAAACCAGGGCAGGAGCUCAAGGCAGGAAACUGGAGGUGGGAACAUGGAGGUGGGACUGAUGCAGAAAUAAUGGUGGAGUGCUGCUUCCUGACUUUGCUCAGGCUUACAUUCAACUACCUUUUUUAAACAGUCGAGGUCCUCCUACUUAGGGAUGGGAUCACCCACAGUGGGCCAGGCCUGCCUACAUCAGUUAACAAAAAAUGCCCCACAGGCCAGUCUGACGGAGGAAAUUCCUCAAUUGAGGUUCCCUCUUGCCAGAUGUGUCAAGUUGACAACCUAGAUGAGCCAUCACAUGAUGUAAUGACAAGACCAGAUUGGGAACUGGAUCUGGAUUCACUUUUUGUUGGGGACCACAGGCAUAUCACUUUCUCUGUGCGUUAGGCAUUUCUGUGUACUCAAUAUGCCCAUCAACUGUUGCAAGAACAUAAGACUCAGAAGAGAGAAUGGAUUGAAACUACUUCUGUACUCUCGAGCCACACCACGCCACUGUUACUGUUGGAGUUCUGUUUUGCCAUGUGGUCCAUCUCCUGAGGCCGAGUGCUUUCUGAUGUAUACCUCCAGUGUGAAUUUGCUGAUAGUAUGUAAGGAGUGGUUUUCAAGGAAGAGAAAGUAGGGAAGAAAAGAAUGAUGUAAAUGAGUAGUCAGGCAAGAAAGAAGGAGAGGAGAGAGAAAGGGCUAAGAGAGACGGAAGAUGGAAGUGGAGAUGGAGCAGCUGCAGGGAAAUUGAGAGGUUGAAAUGGAGGAAAUAGUGUGCAAACGGUUUCUUUUUGACUUGUGGACCUCCUCCCUAGGUCACUGUGCUUGCCUGAUGUCUACAGAGCCAGCGUUACUUGAUUUAUUGAUAGCAGACAUGUUUCUUGGUCACAUUAUUUACCAGUCAUUUGUAGAAAUGGUCCGACAUUUUUUUCUUUCCCUGGAUCCCAGUUUGUAAGCCAGGACCUGUGGAAACAACAAUUAUCUUCUGUUCUAACAAUGUCCUUUAGCCAUUUCAGAUGUUGAUUAGGUAAGGCUUUCCAGGGGAAGUGGGGUGGAGGGGACUGCUCCAUUAUGUCUAAACGGGGCCUAAGAAUCUUGUAACAGUUUUCCCUAACCAUGCUGUUAGGAGGCUGGGUAUGAGAAUCAUGGCCUUCCCUUGACUAGCCGCUGGAACGACAGGCCACAUCUGUUUAUUCCUCAGUAGAGAUACUUUUAAUGGAUUAGAAGGACAAGGAGACAAUAGAAACACGUUUCUUAAAGACCACUCAUUGUCUUUUUCAGAUGUGUAUAUUGUAAAGUACAGUCAUCAUCAGAACCUCUAUGAGAUGUUUUAAGAAAGAAUGCUGAUUGGGUUUUUUUAAAUAAUGUUUUGGCUUCUUGAGUAAAUAGAGAAGGAAAAUAGGUGUGCAAUAUGUCAGGUGUGGGGCCAGUUGUCCAUUUGUUAAAUGCAAUUUCAAGUGUCUUAAAGUAAUAAUUGCCUUAUUACAUUUUAAUAUUUAAUAGAAGUAGAAUAGAAUGGUUAUUACAAUAGUCACUCUUUUCUGCAUUGCCAAAGCAGCCCAUUUUCUCUACUAAAGCUGGCUGACCUGAUGUUUGUUGUUCUUUAAUUAAAGAUAAAACUAGAUUUAAAAGACUAAGUUACGCCAGGUGUGGUGGCACACGCCUUUAAUCCCAGCACUCGGGAGACAGAGGCAGGCAGAACUCUGUCAGUUCAAGGCCAGCCUGGUCUACAUAGUGAGUUCCAGGACAGCUAGGGCUACAGGGAGACCCUGUCUCAAAAAGACCAAAAACAAAACAAAACAAAAAAAAGACUAAGUUACAUAAACUUAUGACAGAAAUCUAAAAGCUGUUGUAAGAAUUAAAGCUGAGGACAGCGGUACAUGACCUAGUAUCCCAACUCGGGAAGCUGAGGCAGGAGAACUGCAACUCAAGGCUUGCGUGGCCUGUAUGUCGAGAUCUUGCCUCAAAAAGACCAAAAAAAAAAAAAAAAAAAGAAAAGAAAAGCUAAAAGUGUGUGUAUAUAUAUAUAUUAUGUUACUCAAAUAUCUAGCAAUUAGAGAAUCAUGAGAAAAUAUAGAAUAGCGUAUUGAUCUGGGCAGUUAAAAACUGAUUGCAAAUCAGUGUCAGAUUGACUUUUGAAAACUUGUUGGUAUCUCAUCCCCACUAAUAAUUCCAAGUACCUUCUGGGAUUAUUUCCUUAAAAUUUUCUGUAAAUUUCCAUUUGAAGCAGAAAGGAGCUUUGUAAGGAAUUUCUCUUUAGUACUGUGAACUGAAUACUGUAUUGGGGGGGUUAGAAUGUCUCUUCUGACAUUCUUCUGUCCAACUUGAGAACUGACCGUGUGUAGCUUAUCUAUGUAGUUGGGAUAGAUAUGUGGGCAUGUUCACCAUGACAAUGCCUUUUAAAAGUUAAGAGAAUGCAACAGCAUAUAUGCCAUUUAAAAAUUAAAUUAAUUUUGACUAUGAUAGCUCAGUGGGAAUACCUUAUUUGGACUGUUAAUGAACUUUGACUAUAAUAGCUGUUUUCAACUUUUGUGUUAAGUCUCUUCAGGGAAUACUGAAACACUACAUUUCUUGUACAAAACUAAUCCAGAACUGUGGCAUUGCUGUUGACUGUGUUGUCUGUUCAGAAUUUAGUAGAGCAUGUUGUAUCACAUGAAUCGUCAUUAAUAUUUGAGAGCUGGGCUAGAGACUUUUGAUGAAAGUUGUAACAAGAUCUGUGAGGAGAUGGUGGACCUCAGAAACUGGAAAAGGGUGCAGGUGUUGGACUUCUCCCAAGCAUUUUGCAGAAGUACAUUAAUCUUUUGAAUGGUAGUCCAAAGCCACAGGAGGGUAUCCUGGUGUUCUGUGGUGCAUAGAAGUCACUGCCUCUAAACUUCUUACAUAAAAAUAUUCUGAUUUUAUGAUAUUGUGAAUAUCUUUUGGUUAUUUUUGUAUUUUAAAAGUUAUGAAAGAGGAUAUGAAAUUAUAGAUUUUGGUCUAACCUACAAGUAUUGAAAGAUUGCUUUACACUGUUUUGAAGGGGUUCAGCUCGUAUUUUUCUUGAGAAACUUGUUAUUACUAAAUAAACAUAUACUCAAUAAAUGUUGAGUGUUUGCA